AUGGUAACGGGCUGCCUGUGCGAAUCGCGGCGGCCGGUUCCAGAGCUCGGGUCAGUGGCGGCUCGUACUGCGGGAGCGAGGGGCAGGCUGAGGGCGGCGCUGGUCGUGCUGGCCGUGGCCGUGGCCGUGCUCGUGGCCGGCCGCCUCCCUCGCCCUCGCUGCAGGCGGCGCUCGGCCGCCCCGGCGCCCGCCGCCCCCCACAGCCAGCAGCGUCAGCAGCUCAGCGCCCAGCAGCAGCGGCCGCGUCAGCAGCGCGCGGCGGGCCGCCCGUGCUCCGUCGCCGCCGCCGCCGCCGGCUCCCGCUCGCAGCCGCCGGCGCCCCGCGAACGCGACCGCGGCCGGCACAGCAACUCGGGCGGUGGCAGGAUCGGCUCCCUGCAACCGAAAUGCACCUCACAAGCAGCAGCAGCAGCGGCGGAAGCAGCGACAUCGGUCUCGGGAGAGCAAGCCGCGGCCCAGGGCGGUCCCAGUUCGAGCACCGUCGCCGCCAUCCUCCUGUUCGUCCUGAUACUGCCGGCGGCACCCGACCCGGCGGCGGCGGCGGCGGCGGCGACGGGCGCGCACCACAACGCGACGACGCCGCUCUCGCUCCUGAACCCCUGGUUGUCAGCCUGUGAUAUCGCGGACCCGGCCACCGCGCCGGACCUCAGGGGCAGCUGCAGUGCGCGGGACGCGAUGCCCUCUCUCUCGGAUAAUAAUCACUACAGUAAUAAUUACGAUAGCGGAGUUAAUAAGCAGCGUAACAAUAAUAGUAGUAGUAAUUACGGUAGGGACACGGAGGCGGCGGCGGCGGCGGCGUGCUGCGGCCGCGCGCCGCUCGACGCGCUCAAGCCCGAGGCGCGCGCCGCCGCGCUGCGCGGCCCGGCCGCCGCCUGCCGCGCGCACCUGCGCGCCCUCGCGCGCCUCGACGCGCUCGCCGCCACGCUCGCCUGCAAGUUCGACGAGCUGCUGCGCCGCUACGACUGCGCGCAGGACUACUCCGUCAGCUUCGGCUGCGCCCACUGCCAGGUAGGCCGCAGCGUCGCCCGCGUCCCACGACGCGCCGCGCCGCGCCGCGCCGCACACGCGCCAUCGAUCCGCCGCGCCGCGCCGCGACGCUACUCCACGUGGCGCCCGGCGAGCGUCGUGACAGGCCGUGCGACGCCCCCUCCGGCGAACACCCCCUACAAUCUGCCAAUCCACUGA